CGCAACAAGGAGAAGAAAACGUGGUAAACGCGGUCGGACCACCGAGACACCGCGAGGGAGUCAGGGACGAGGACGAGGACGAGGAGGAGUCGGCAGCGCGCGCGCAGAAACGCGGGAGACGAGUUCUUGAAACGAAUUGCUUGCACGAGGGAGCUGACCUCCGCAAGGUUGGAUCCCGCUGACACCUGGAAGUGCUGCGGACCCCCCCCCCCCAGCUGAUGUCUCCUCUUCCUUGAAAUGAUUCCAAGCUGAACUGAAGAUCGCAAGCUUCGCAGUGGGAAGACAUGGGUCUCGGACAGUCGAGCAAGUCACCUGUGACCGAGGACACGGAAGAGGUCAACUUUGACCAUUUCCAGAUCCUAAGAGCAAUUGGGAAGGGCAGUUUCGGCAAGGUCUGCAUCGUACAGAAAAAAGACACAAAGAAAAUGUAUGCCAUGAAGUACAUGAACAAGCUGAAGUGUGUGGAACGCAACGAGGUCCGCAACGUCUUCAAAGAAUUGCAGAUCAUGCAGAACCUGGAGCACCCCUUCUUGGUGAACUUCUGGUACUCCUUCCAGGACGAAGAGGACAUGUUCAUGGUGGUGGACCUGCUCCUGGGGGGUGACCUUCGCUACCACCUGCAGCAGAACGUGCACUUCUCAGAGAGCACCGUGAAACUGUACAUCUGUGAGAUUGCACUCGCCCUGCAUUACCUGCGCAGCAAACACAUUAUCCACAGAGAUAUUAAACCAGACAACAUUCUUUUGGAUGAACACGGACAUGCCCAUCUGACGGACUUCAACAUCGCUGCGGUUGUGAAAGACGAUCUAAAGGCCACCUCCAUUGCGGGGACGAAGCCCUACAUGGCACCUGAGCUCUUCCAGCCUUUCGAAGGGACGCACCCUGGCUACUCCUUCUCGGUGGACUGGUGGUCCCUUGGCAUCACCUCCUAUGAGCUCCUGCGAGGGCAGAGGCCCUACGUCAUGCGCUCCAGCAUGCCGGCCAACGAGAUCUUGCAAGGCUUCCAUAGCCUCCCCAUCAGCUACCCCGCAGCCUGGUCCCCAGGGAUGAAGUGUCUCGUGAGAAAGCUGUUGUGCAUCGACGUGGAGAGGCGUCUCUCGAGCCUGUCCGAACUUCAAGACCUGGAUUGCAUGUCUGAUGCGAACUGGGAUGCUGUGCUGAGCAAACAGAUCACCCCAGGAUUCAUCCCUAAUAGGCGCCGGCUGAAUUGCGACCCCACAUUUGAGCUGGAAGAGAUGAUUCUGGAGUCCAAGCCUCUGCACAAGAAGAAGAAAAGGUUGGCGAGGAGAACCCGGGAGCCCAGCUCUGACAGCUCCCCUCAGAACGGACAGCUUCGGCAACGCCUGCAGAACAUCCAGAGGGAUUUCAUCGUCUUCAACAGAGAGAAGUUAAGAACGGCCAAGGAGGACGUUGUCGGCAAAGAGACGUGCAAGGACACCGAAGACGGACGAAACAAUAACGUGGUUCCCGCGACCUACAAAUCGGGAUAGGAGAGCGUUCCCAGGCGGACUCCCGUGACGGCCGGGGUGACACGGGGUAUAAAGUGCGUCGGGGGCCGGACACCAGAAGCGUGACCCUGCAGACCCGGAGCUGGGACACCAUCGCCGGUCUGUCCUGCAGUUGCGUUCAUGCUGGGCCUGUCCUCAGACUCUGAGGACGGCGCGAUCAGUGUGCGGAAGGGACUCAGGAAUGUAUUCUUGGCCUUUAAUACAAUAUGUCGUUUUAAAUAUUUACCGUCAACCCUCCCUCACGGGAAAACAAAUGAUGGGUAGUUGGCACAGCGUGUGUUUACGUGGCUCUGCGUUUCUGUGGCUGUGCACCAACUCCCAUUUCCAAGUCCCGAACCCCACCCCUCAAGCCAGCUCGCCAGAUCCACGAGGCACUUUUAAAGUCAUCUGCACACAGUCCGUUAUGUUUGCACCACCCCAGACUUCAAUAUUAAAACAAAACCACCGCAGCAAAGUACAUGAACAAGUGCCCAGAUCGGGGGUUAUUAAUACAUUUACUUAUUUAGCAGAUGCUUUUCUCCAAAGCGAC